AUGGUCAAUUCAACAAUUCAUCGAAAACCUCAUUCAACCAAAAGAACAAGAAACAAAAAUGAUUCUCAAUUAAAUUCUGAUGAAAACGUCCUCACGAACUUUGAUCGUUUGACCACCAGUUUAGAUCAAUUUCAUAUUGACCAAAUAUAUCCAUUGGCACCAACAUUGAAUAAUAAAUCAUCAUUAGCAUCACCGUCGAAUGAUGAAUCAUCAUUAGCACCGUCAACAAAUGAUCAAUCACCAUUAAUGACAAAUCAAACUCGAUAA